GGUCUUCUCUGUGAUUAACAGAUAUGAUUGUUGAUUACAACAUCCCUGCAUAAAUUAAUUCUUGUCAACUCCUUGGGAUUUGAAGAGAAGAUGCCUGGUGUCAUACCUAGUGAGAGUAAUGGGCUUUCAAGAGGAAGUCCCUCAAAGAAAAACAGACUUUCCUUGAAGUUUUUUCAGAAAAAGGAAACUAAGAGAGCCUUGGAUUUCACAGAUUCUCAAGAAAAUGAAGAAAAAGCUUCUGAAUAUAGAGGAUCUGAAAUUGAUCAAGUUGUUCCUGCAGCACAGUCCUCACCUAUAAACUGUGAGAAGAGGGAGAACUUGUUACCAUUUGUGGGACUGAAUAAUCUCGGCAAUACUUGUUAUCUUAAUAGUAUACUUCAGGUAUUAUAUUUUUGUCCGGGUUUUAAAUCUGGAGUGAAGCACUUAUUUAAUAUUAUUUCAAGGAAGAAAGAAGCCCUAAAAGAUGAAGCCAAUCAAAAAGAUAAGGGAAAUUGCAAAGAAGAUUCUUUGGCAAGUUAUGAACUAAUAUGCAGUUUACAGUCCUUGAUCAUUUCAGUUGAACAGCUUCAGGCUAGUUUUCUCUUAAAUCCAGAGAAAUAUACUGAUGAACUUGCUACUCAGCCAAGGCGACUGCUUAACACACUCAGGGAACUCAACCCUAUGUAUGAAGGAUAUCUACAGCAUGAUGCACAGGAAGUAUUACAGUGUAUUUUGGGAAACAUUCAAGAAACAUGCCAGCUUCUAAAAAAAGAAGAAGUAAAAAAUGUGGCAGAAUUAUCUACUAAGGUAGAAGAAAAACCUCAUCAGAAAGAGGAAAUGAAUGGUAUUAACAGCAUAGAGAUGGACAACAUGAGGCAUUCUGAUGACCGUAAAGAAAAACUCCCAAAAGGAAAUGGGAAAAGAAAAAGUGACAUGGAAUUUGGUAACCUGAAGAAAAAAGUUAAAGUAUCCAAGGAACACCAGUCAUUAGAAGAGAACCAGAGACAAACCAGAUCAAAAAGAAAAGCUACAGGUGAUAUGUUAGAGAUUCCUCCUAAAAUGAUCCCCAAGUACGUUUCUGAAAGUGAGAGUACAAGGUCCUCACAGAAGAAAUCAAGAGUUAAAAUAAAUUGGUUAAAGCCUGCAACUAAGCAACCUAGCAUUCUUUCUAAAUUCUGUAGUCUGGGGAAAAUAACAACAAACCAAGGAUCCAAAGAACAAUCUAAAGAAAAUGAAUAUCUUGAAGAGGACUUGGGGAAGGGUGAAAAUGAUAACACAACUAAUGGUUGUGGACUUGAAUCUCCAGAGAAUGAUGUUAAGUCCGUUAAUGUUAAUGAAGUUAAGCCCAUAAAUAAAGGCACAGAGCAAAUUGGUUUUGAGCUAGUAGAGAAAUUAUUUCAAGGUCAGCUGGUAUUAAGGACUCGUUGCUUAGAAUGUGAAAGUUUAACAGAAAGAAGAGAAGAUUUUCAAGACAUUAGUGUACCAGUACAAGAAGAUGAGCUUUCCAAAGUAGAGGAGAGUUCUGAAAUUUCUCCAGAGCCAAAAACAGAAAUGAAGACUCUGAGAUGGGCAAUUUCACAGUUUGCUUCAGUGGAGAGAAUUGUAGGAGAAGAUAAAUAUUUUUGUGAAAAUUGCCAUCAUUAUACUGAAGCCGAACGAAGUCUUUUGUUUGACAAAAUGCCUGAAGUCAUAACUAUUCAUUUGAAGUGCUUUGCUGCUAGUGGCUUAGAGUUUGAUUGUUAUGGUGGUGGACUUUCCAAGAUCAACACUCCUUUACUGACACCUCUUAAAUUGUCACUAGAAGAAUGGAGCACAAAGCCAACCAACGACAGCUAUGGAUUGUUUGCGGUUGUGAUGCAUAGUGGCAUUACAAUUAGCAGUGGGCAUUACACUGCUUCUGUUAAAGUCACUGACCUUAACAGUUUAGAACUAGAUAAGGGAAAUUUUGUGGUCGACCAAAUGUGUGAAAUAGGUAAGCCAGAACCAUCGAAUGAGGAGGAAGCAAGGGGUGUGGUCGAAAAUUAUGCUGAUGAAGAAGUGUCAACUAGAGUUGGUGGAAAUACACAGCCAAGUAAAGUUUUGAACAAAAAAAAUGUAGAAGCUAUUGGACUUCUUGGAGGACAAAAGAGCAAAGCAGAUUAUGAGCUAUACAACAAAGCAUCUAAUCCUGAUAAAGCUGCCAGUACAGCAUUUGCUGAAAAUAGAAAUUCUGAGACUAACAAUACUAAUGGGACCCAUGAAUCUGAUAGAAACAAGGAAUCUAGUGACCAAACAGGCAUUAACAUGAGUGGAUUUGAGAACAGAAUUUCAUAUGUAGUGCAAAGCUUAAAGGAGUAUGAGGGGAAGUGGCUGCUUUUUGAUGAUUCCGAAGUGAAAGUCACUGAAGAGAAGGACUUUUUGAAUUCUCUUUCCCCUUCUACAUCUCCUACAUCUACGCCUUACUUGCUAUUUUAUAAGAAAUUAUAGAGUGAGUGUAUUUUCCUUGUGUAUAUAUUAAACAGACAUUGGUAAA